AUGGCUGGUACCACUAUAGCAUUUAUGAUUUGUUCAACCAUUUACUCUUUAGUCGAAUUGUAUAUAAGAUCAUCAUCAUGUUGGAAUUCGACGAUGUUUUGUAAUUUUUCAAAAUGUAAUGACAUGAUUAGAAUUGUAUAUAAGUAUGAAAUCCAUGAUGACGUUGCCGGUUAUAAGGUUUCGGAGCAUAAUGAAUUUUAUUUUAAAGAUGAUCAACAAGGAGAUGAAUGCGUAUCAUGUGAUCUAUUUGACAACGAUUUAAUAAAUGAUGUUGACAAAAGUGAAGAAAACCUUGUUUAUAAUGAUGAAAAUUUUGAUACUUCUUGCCAAGCGGAUGACGAGAUCAUCGUAUCCCCUUUCGUUGUUAGUUGCCUUGAAAGUAAAAAAUUCAAGCCUUCUUUUAAAAAAUGCUUUUAUUUCAUUGAAAUGGAUGGUGUAAAGAAGAUUGGUGCGAAAAUGUCCAAGAAAAAUUCUCAUUCAAAGAAAAUCCCUCGAUGGAAAAGAUAUCAGAAUUCGCCCAUGCCCUGA